ACAAGCCAGCCAAGAUUCCAGGUCGCACACGACGACUAUAUAAUACUUCUCUCAUCUCACCUGGAUUGCGAACGUAUACAUUUCCUCCGACUCACAAUCUAAUCCAACAACAACAACACACCCAAAACAAACAAACCACCCACCACCACCACCACCCACUUCUUACCACCACAACCCGUUUUCUACAUCCAAUCCAAUUCCUAUCACAAUGGCUCAGAGUCGCACUGGAGUUUACGCCGGUCUCGCCGCCCUCGGUCUGGGUGGUUACUACCUGUACCGCGCUGGCGGUGAUCCCAAGGGUGCUACCCAGGAGGUUAAGCACGACGCCCACCUCGCCCGUCUGAACGCCCCCACGGGCAACCAAGCCGAGAAGGCCGGAGAGAAGGCCGCCUACGAGGCUCGUCUGAACGUUGACCAGACUGUCGACGCCGCCCGCGCCGAAGCCAAGAACCAAGCCAGCCGCUUCGACCAGAUCCGCCAGGACACCACCGCCGAGCUGAAGUCCGGCGCCGACAAGAUCGAGUCCAAGGUCGAGGAGAAGGCCUCCGAGGCUAAGGGUGCGCUGUCCGGCUGGUUCGGCAAGAAAUAAAUGCGUGAUGCAUGAUCGUGUGCAUUUCUUUGUUGGGAACUGCGUAUUUUUCAUGUGUUUUCUUUGCGGCCGGGGGGGAGUUGAGUGAUUUGUGAUAUUUGUUUUUUUUCUUCUUCUUAUUUUAUCCCAUCCCUUUUGGUUCGACGUGUUGUGCUCAUGAUGGGUGAGUGAAAAGGUCAGUGAUGGAUUGAUGGUAUGCAUAUGUUAUGG